AUGGAGGUGGCCCCUGGAGCCACCAACGGCGUGCACUCCUCCCCGAGUUCCUCCCCUCCGACGAUAGACCCCCAGGUCAUAGUGAACCAUCUCGCCCGGCUCUUAAAGGUCACAUUAGGAGCCUCAGAUGAAGACCUCUCUUCGCUGGGCAGUCUGCUAUCACCCCUGCGUCUGCAGGAUACUUUGCAGCGGUGUACACGAUUCGCUCUCGAGUCACAGGAGGCAAUAUACGUGCAGAAGGAUGUCGUAGAUGCUCCCCAUAUAGAUAGUCUAGACGGAACUUCAAGCGCCCUUUUACAUUACACUUACGUCCUAUCCACGGAGUUCUCUUUCUCACCCGCUUGCUUCGCCUGCAUUGCUAUAAUCAAAUCCGUACAGACCAUCGAUCCCGGACUACCGAUAAGUGACCAGGUCACGAUAGUCAAUCUUCCUGGAAUCAGAAGCCUCAGUAAUGCACCCUCCUCGCAAGGCCAGGUAUCCAAUCCUUACGAAGCUCUUUAUUCUGUCGUGCGCUUGGCACUGACGCCUUAUCUCAAUGAAUCCACAAAAAGCCAGCAAGGCCCGCCAGGCGUCUGGGGGGUAAAGGGGGACAAUGGAGCGCGGGCGACGGGAAUACCUGGAGCGAAGAGGAAGAUGGCAGAGCUGGAGCAGAACCUUAAGCAGUUGCAACAGGAUAUCGAUAUUCCGGAACUGGUCUUGCCACUACAUCCCAUAAUAGCUUCCGCCCUAGACUCUGCUGAACAGCGAGCCGUGAAGCCAAGCCCAGAGCUUAUACCUGCUGCAGUCCUCGCAGACAGCACGUUCCUGAAUGGUCUUCAAUCAACUGUGAACGGCUGGAUCAAAUCAAUCCAGAGCAUAACGAAGCAUACUCGGGAUCCAAGUAGCGGCACCGCAGCUCAGGAGAUUACUUUCUGGAUUUCUAUGGAAUCCCGCCUCGAGGAUAUUGAAACACAACUGCGAAGUGAAGGUGUACGGCUAACUCUCGAUGUCCUCAAGAAUGCGAAACGAUUCCAAGCCACCGUGAGCUUCAGUGCAGAUACCGGUCUGAAGGAAACUACAGAUAUGGUUCAGAAGUACAAUCAGUUGAUGCGGGAUUUCCCUCUGGGUGAAUUACUCACGGCAACUUCAUUGCGGCAAGUGGAAGAUGCAAUCGCGCAGAUCUUUGGCCACAUGAACAAGAAGCUCCGCAUAUGCCCAUAUCCUGUUCGUCGAGCGCUUCCACUAGUUGAAGCCAUCUCCACGGAGGUAGAUAUUCGCUUGCACAUUCUCCUCCAGGGCAAAUAUUUGAUGCAUUUGGACUACCCAGAGUUCCAAUCGAUCAUGGAAGAUUCCGACCGCAUAUGGCGUAUUUGGGACGAGAAUGUCAAAGAGUUCACGAAUGUUGCCCGUGAAGUGACCAGGAGGAGAAAUGAGAAGUUCAUACCGAUCAAGAUUGCUGCUCGUCACAUCGACACCCAGGAUCGCCUGAAGUAUAUUGGGACCUUCCGCAAGAAUCAUGAACAGUUACAACGAACCAUUGUCAACGUUCUUGGUUCCAGUGCUACACCGAAAGCCGUGACCGAUGGCUCGCAGCGUCAAGAAGCGGUUAUCCUCGAGGAGAUUGGCGAUGUUGACGCUGUCGAAGAAGUAGCUCAGGCUUAUGCCGUUCUCAAAGACGUUGAUGUUCUAGAUGUCACUCCGAAAGGUACGAGACUCUGGGUACAGGCUGAGCAAACCUACAACGACCGUACUUCGCGCGUUGAAAAUUCUAUUAUUGCUCGGCUUAGGGAUCGUCUGGGGACCGCAAAGACUGCAAACGAAAUGUUCCGCGUCUUUUCAAAAUUCAACCCCCUAUUCGUGCGGCCAAAAAUUCGAGGAGCCAUAUCUGAGUACCAAACCCAGCUCAUCGACAGCGUCAAGAACGACAUCUCGGCUUUGCACGAGCGUUUCAAGCAGCAGUAUGGCAAUUCCGAGGCACACGCGAUGGCACAAUUACGAGAUUUUGCACCCGUUUCCGGCGCGGUCAUCUGGGCCCGCCAGAUCGAGCGGCAGUUAGACGGUUACAUGAAGAAAGUGGAAGACAUCCUCGGAAAGGACUGGACCUUGCAUGCAGAAGGCCAAAAGCUUGAGGCCGAAAGCACCAUGUUCAGGAGGAAACUCGAUACGCGACCCAUAUUUGAAUCUUGGCUUCAAGACGUUGCGAGGCGAAAACUGUCUAUUGCUGGCCGCCUCUUCCUGAUCUCUCGGAAUAGGGCUGCUGGGAACUCCCUUGAACUAAGCGUGAACUUUGACGCUGCUAUCAUUGCUUUGUUCAAAGAAGUUCGGAAUUUGACAUGGCAACGCUACCAAAUCCCCCACGCGAUCAACAACAUCUCGAAAGAGGCCAAGCGGGUAUAUCCCUACGCCGUCAGCUUGAUGGAGAGUAUUCGGACUUACUCGCAGACCAUCAAACAAAUCGAAGAAAUGCCAGAAGUAUCGAUGCUGCUUAAUGGGUAUCUAAACGACACUCAGAGUCUCAUUGUCAAGGGAAUACCUCUCAAAUGGGAGUCAUUCGUUCACGCCUACGACCUACACAUCCGACAAGGCCAAUUCGCACCUUCCGAUCGCGCUGGGAGUUCGUUAAGAAAAGAAAGCAAGCACGUUCAAUUUGUCCGAGAUUUCGCUGAUGCCACUUCGAAGCUUCAAUCAAAAACUGCGAAUUUAUCACAGGUGAAUUCCACUGUGGAAAAAGCGCUCCAGGAUCUUGAGACCUGCCCCUAUGGAGUAGAGUCUUUCCGCACCAAUCUGGAAUUCAUACAGAAAGCUGUCGAUCACCUGAGCUUAGAGAGUUAUGCCAACCUUAACAUCUGGGUCGCACAACUUAAUUCGAGACUGGAGUCUAUUCUAUUGACACGACUUAAUAAGGCUAUCGUGGAGUGGAUUGAAGUUUUCAGCAACGUAGAGAGCACCGAACGCCGAAAUACAGUCCAUUCUACCGACUUGGUAGAUCCAGGAAAGCAGCUACCUAAGAUGGCAAACCUUGUCCACGAAAUCACAAUGCGUAAUCAGCUCAUAUACCUCGAUCCGCCUUUGGAGUUCGCCAGAGCUAGUUGGUUAGAUCAGCUACAUCAAUGGCUUGGCAUAAUAUGCACAUUGCAGAAGGUCAAGGCUUCCCGCUAUCAUUUGCAGUUGCAAGCAACAAACGACGCGACGUCCUCCCAAUUCUCUGAUCUCCCAAGUCGAUGCACAGAGUCGUUAACUUUAGUCUACGGCGUCGUCGAAGAGAAGAUACGUGCAAUAGCGGAUUACGUGGAUAAGUGGCUCCAGUUCCAAUCGCUGUGGGAUCUUCAGUCAGAGCACGUAUACGAAGUCCUCGGAGAUGACCUCUCCCAGUGGCUUCAACUUCUGCAUGAAAUUCGCAAAACUCGAGGAACUUUCGACACCUCCGAAGUCUCCCGCUCCUUUGGAUAUGUGACAAUUGACUACGAGCAGGUACAAGUCAAGGUCAAUGCCAAAUACGAUCAAUGGCAGCACGAGAUUCUGCUAAAGUUCGCUUCGAGACUGGGGACUCAUAUGGCGCAGGUUUUCACCGAGAUCGAGACGGCACGGAAAGCUUUGGAGGGCCAGGCACUCGAGGCAUCAUCAACGACUCAAGCUGUUUCCUUCAUUACGAUUGUGCAACAAUCCAAACGUAAAGCCGACGCUUGGGGACCGGACGUGGAAAUAUUCCGCCAGGGGCAAACUGCUCUCAGCCGUCAGCGGUGGCAAUUCCCAACUGACUGGCUCAACAUGGAGCAGAUCGACCAUGAAUGGACAGCCUUCAACGACGUUCUAGAACGAAAGAGCAAGAUCGUUAAUGAUCAGACUGAUGCUCUCCGCGCCCAAAUCAUAGCUGAAGACAAGGUUGUGACCCAAAAGAUUGCGGACAUCACAUCUCAGUGGGCUGAAGAGAAGCCAAUAUCUGGCACUAUUCCCCCAGAACAAGCCGCCGCAACACUCCAACACUUCGACACCAAGCUUUCAAAACUUCUCACUGAGUCCACCAAUAUAGCAAAGGCAAAGGAGGCACUCGACAUUCCCGCGUCUGCAGAUAACAUGUUGUCUGCGCUUCUGGAAGAGGUCCAGGACUUCACGUCGGUCUGGUCUGCCUUGACCUCGAUCUGGAACAGCCUGAACGAGCUCCGGGAUAUGCUAUGGACAAGCGUACAACCACGAAAGCUGCGAUCUUCAAUCGACAACCUCCUGAAGUUGACGAAGGACAUGCCCAGUCGCAUGCGCCAAUAUGCCGCAUUUGAACAUAUUCAGAACGUCCUUCGACAGCUUCUGAAAGUAAAUCCGCUGCUUAGCGAACUGCGAUCGGAAGCAGUGAGGGAGCGGCACUGGGUGAAGAUCUUCAAGCAAUUGAAACCCAACAAGAGAUAUUCUCAGCUGCAACUCACUCUUGGAGACGUGUGGGACCUCAAACUCUCUGCUACCGAGUCUAUCAUCCGAGGCGUAAUUACUCAAGCCCAAGGAGAAAUGGCGUUAGAGGAGUUCCUUCGGCAAGUCCGAGAUACCUGGCAAAACUACGCAUUGGAGCUUGUCAAUUAUCAAAACAAAUGUCGUCUCAUACGCGGGUGGGAUGACCUCUUUGCCAAAUGCAGCGAAAACCUCAACUCUCUCCAAGCUAUGAGGCACUCGCCCUACUACAAAGAAUUCGAAGAGGAUGCCUCAGCGUGGGAAGAAAAGCUCAACCGCGUUCAUGUGCUCUUUGAUGUCUGGAUAGAUGUUCAGCGCCAAUGGGUUUACUUGGAAGGCGUUUUCACAGGGAACGCUGACAUCAAGCAUCUUCUACCCAUGGAAUCCUCUCGAUUUCAAAAUAUCAACUCCGAAUUCCUUUCAGUCAUGAAGAAAGUCUCCCGGUCUAACUUUGUUUUGGAUGUCUUGGCAAUCUCAGGGGUACAAAAAUCGCUUGAACGACUAGCGGAACUCCUGAACAAAAUCCAGAAAGCUUUGGGAGAAUACCUCGAGAGGGAGAGAGUAUCGUUCCCACGUUUCUACUUUGUGGGCGACGAAGAUCUCCUGGAAAUUAUCGGUAACAACAACGACACACUUCGGGUCGCUAAACAUCUACGAAAAAUGUUUGCGGGCAUUAACGGUCUCGUCAGUGACGACAAUUCCACUAUCCUCGGUUUUACUUCCAAAGAAGGAGAGCAAGUGAUACUCCGGAAAGAAAUUUCCCUAGCCAAGACUCCUCGUGUCAACGAAUGGCUAGCAGCCCUUGAAACAAAUAUGAAGAUCGCUCUUGCAGAGCUGCUCCACGAGGCAGUUUCCGAAUUUACCGAUCUCUUCGCCGCUGAACCUAUGGAUGCUGCCGCCUUCGAGACAUAUAUCGCGAAGUUUCCAGCUCAAAUCGUUGUUCUCGCAACUCAAGUAUGUUGGACUUCAUCAGUAGAGAGGUCUUUACAGCAACAGGGUACCUCGCUGCCGAAUCUAUACGACAAGCAAGUGAGCGCACUCAAGCUCCUUGCCACCGCCGUUCUUGGAGACUUGGAGAUUAUCCAUCGAAGGAAAUGUGAGCACCUCAUCACCGAAUUUGUCCACCAGCGAGACGUCAUUGGUAGGCUUAGAAACGCUGGCGCCCAAUCUCCAAAUCACCACUUGUGGCUUCUCCAGAUGCGUUAUGUCUAUGAACCAGAGAAGGAAUUGAUGCAGCGUCUGAAAAUCAAGAUGGCGAAUGCAACUCUCGAUUAUGGCUUCGAGUACUUAGGCGUAGCAGAACGUCUCGUUCGGACUCCUCUUACCGACCGCUGCUUUUUAACCUUAACCCAGGCCUUAUGCCAGCGACUCGGAGGAUCCCCAUAUGGACCGGCAGGAACAGGUAAGACUGAGUCCGUCAAAGCCUUGGGUGUCCAACUUGGUCGAUUCACCCUUGUGUUCUGUUGCGACGACACCUUCGAUUUCCAGGCCAUGGGCCGUAUAUUCCUCGGUAUCUGCCAGGUUGGUGCAUGGGGAUGUUUCGAUGAGUUCAAUCGACUCGAGGAACGCAUUCUGUCGGCUGUAUCGCAGCAGGUUCAGAAUAUUCAAUUGGGUCUAAGAAAAGGUGCCUUGGAAAACAAGUCUGAGAUUGAGCUGAUCGGACGACAACUUCGAGUAAACCCUGACACCGGAAUUUUCAUCACCAUGAAUCCCGGGUACGCAGGCAGAUCCAACCUUCCGGACAAUUUGAAGAAACUGUUCAGAAGUGUUGCUAUGUCCAAGCCAGACAAGGAGCUUAUCGCCGAAGUCAUGCUUUAUUCGCAGGGUUUCUCUCGCGCCAAGGAAUUGUCGACUCAGGUCGUUCCAUUCUUCGACACAUGUCUUGCCAGCUUGUCUAAGCAAGCCCAUUAUGACUUUGGUUUACGGGCACUGAAAAGCGUUCUUGUCAGCUCCGGUGGAUUGAAACGAGCACGGAUCGCCGCCCAAGGUGGAUUGCCGGACGAGGAUAUAAUCGAGCCGCAGAUUAUCGUUCAAAGCUUGCGAGAGACUAUGGCUCCGAAGCUUAUUGCCUCCGAUGUCGAAAUCAUGAAAGAGAUUGAAGCAAAAUCCUUCGCAGGAGUGGAGUACAUUCCUGCGCCUCUCGAUAAACUGGAGCAAGCGAUUCGCGAUUCUGCCGCCGAAUCUAAAUUUGUGGUGAGCGACUCCUGGAUGACGAAGAUUCUGCAGUUGUAUCAAAUUCAAGCUCUCCAUCACGGUGUCAUGAUGGUUGGUUCAUCAGGAUCCGGGAAGUCGGCAGCAUGGAGAACACUUUUAUCAGCGCUCCAGCGCGUCGAAGGAACUGAAGGCGUCUUCCAUGUUAUCGAUCCAAAGGUUAUGUCCAAGGAGAACCUCUAUGGCACGCUGGACAGCACAACGCGAGAGUGGACCGACGGUCUUUUCACCGGCAUCCUGCGUAAAAUUGUCGACAACCUUCGUGGCGAAGAUACCAAACGACACUGGAUUGUCUUUGACGGCGAUGUCGAUCCCGAGUGGGUGGAGAACUUGAACAGCGUGUUGGACGACAACAAGCUUCUCACACUUCCCAACGGAGAGCGUCUCAAUCUCCCAUCGAACGUGCGCAUCAUGUUCGAGGUCGAGACUCUGAAAUAUGCUACUUUAGCAACCGUUAGUCGAUGCGGUAUGGUCUGGUUUAGCGAUGACACGGUGAACGUCGACAUGAUGAUCUCAAACUAUAUCCAGAACCUACGAGAAAUUGUUUUCGAGGAUCUGGAAGACGACUCUGUUGCCCCAGGCCAGCUAUCACAGAAGAUUCUCACAGUUCAGGGUCAAGUCGCUGACUUCCUCCAAAUCAAGUUGACGGAGGAUCGAUUUAUCGAAAAGGCUCUCAGCACGGCUCGCAAGUUCAAGCACAUCAUGGAGUAUACCGACAUUCGCGCAUUGAAUACCCUCUUCUCACUCCUCAACAAGAGCUGCAGGUCAGUCUUAGAGUAUAAUGUUCAACACCAAGAUUUUGGCCUAGACGAUAGCCAAAUCGAGUCGUAUCUGUCGAAGAAGUUGUUGCUUGCCCUAGUCUGGUCCUUGGUCGGCGAUUGUCCCCUGGCUGAGCGAAAAGGCUUUGGCGAUAUUGUUGCGAGUUUGACGAACGUCGAAAUUCCAAUCUUGAACGAGGCCACCUCUCUCAUCGACUAUGACGUCUCCCUACCGCAAGCAGAGUGGAUGCUGUGGCAGUCUCAGGUUCCAAACGUAGAGGUGAAUACGCACUCCAUCACUCAGACGGAUGUGGUCAUUCCAACCCUUGACACUAUCCGCCAUGAAGAUGUGCUAUACUCUUGGCUUGCAGAACACAAACCACUACUACUUUGUGGCCCUCCUGGAUCUGGAAAGACCAUGACUUUAUUCAGCGCCCUGAGGAAGCUACCUAACAUGGAGGUGGUGGGCCUCAACUUCUCCAGUGCGACUACUCCUGAUUUGCUCAUCAAGACGUUUGAGCAAUAUUGCGAAUACAAGAAGACUCUGAACGGCGUACAGCUCACUCCAACCCAAAUUGGCCGCUGGCUAGUUAUCUUCUGCGAUGAAAUCAACUUGCCAGCUCCAGACAAAUACGGGACCCAACGGGCCAUCUCAUUCCUCCGACAGCUUGUCGAGCAGAACGGUUUCUGGAGGACGUCCGACAAGACAUGGGUCACUUUGGACCGCAUCCAAUUCGUAGGAGCAUGCAAUCCGCCCACUGAUGCUGGUCGUACGCCGAUGGCUUUGCGCUUCCUCCGCCAUGCUCCUCUAAUUAUGGUCGACUACCCUGGGGAACUUUCGCUACUUCAGAUCUACGGAACAUUCAACAGUGCCGUCCUCAAAAUCAUUCCGUCACUACGAGGGUAUUCAGAGCCUCUAACGAAAGCCAUGGUCCAAUUAUACGCAGAAUCCCAGAAGCGAUUUACUGCUGAGAUCCAGCCACACUACGUCUACUCGCCUCGAGAACUAACGAGAUGGGUUCGUGGUGUUUAUGAGGCCAUUCGACCCCUGGAGACCUUGACGGUUGAAGGCUUAGUCCGGAUCUGGGCGCAUGAGGCGCUUCGACUUUUCCAGGAUCGACUCAUUGCAGAAGAAGAGCGUCAAUGGACAGAUGAAUGUGUCCAUCGUGUUGCGUUGGAGCAUUUCCCAACUAUCGAUGAGCAGCAAGCACUAGGUGGUCCGAUUUUGUUCUCGAACUGGCUCUCUAAAAACUAUGUACCUGUACACCGAGACCAGCUUCGGGAUUUUGUCAAAGCCCGAUUAAAGACUUUCUGCGAGGAAGAAGUUGACGUACCCCUGAUCUUGUUCAACGACGUUCUCGAACACGUUCUCCGCAUUGAUCGUGUAUUCCGUCAACCUCAGGGCCAUUUAAUUCUCAUCGGUGUCAGUGGAAGUGGGAAGACAACCUUAUCCCGCUUUGUGGCCUGGAUGAAUGGGCUGAAGGUCUACCAGAUCAAAGUGCAUGGUAAAUACUCCGCCGAGGACUUUGAUGACGACCUACGCAAUGUUCUUCGAAGAUGCGGCUGCAAAGGAGAGAAGAUCUGUUUCAUCAUGGACGAAUCUAAUGUCCUUGACUCUGGAUUCCUUGAGCGCAUGAACACCUUGCUUGCCAAUGCUGAGGUACCCGGCCUGUUCGAAGGAGAUGAGUACGCAUCUCUCAUGACGGCUUGUAAAGAGGGUGCGCAGCGACAAGGCCUUCUCCUAGACUCUCAGGAAGAACUUUACAAAUGGUUCACGCAGCAAAUUGUGAAGAACCUCCACGUCGUCUUCACAAUGAACCCGCCAGAGGAGGGAUUGUCGUCCAAAGCCGCCACGAGUCCGGCCCUGUUCAAUCGAUGUGUUCUUAACUGGUUUGGAGACUGGUCUGAUCAAGCUCUCUUCCAAGUCGGCUCCGAACUCACACAGGCCGUCGAUUUGGACCGCGCGAAUUUCUCUGCUCCCAGCAGCAUACCAGUUUCUUAUCGUGGGCUCGCUUUGCCACCAUCACAUAGGGAGGCCGUUGUUAAUGCUAUGGUGUACAUUCACUAUUCCCUCCAUGGCUAUAACAAGAAAUUGCAGACUCAACAGAGCAGAGUUACAUAUCUUACGCCGAGACACUUCCUCGAUUUUGUUGCGCAGUACGUCAAAUUAUACAACGAGAAGCGAGAGGACCUCGAGGAGCAACAGCGACAUCUCAACGUGGGUUUGGAAAAGCUACGCGAAACUGUGGACAAAGUUCGCGAUCUGCGCAAGAGUCUAGCUGAGAAGAAGAGUCAACUGGAGAGGAAGGAUAUUGAAGCCAACGAGAAACUGCAACGCAUGCUUGCCGAUCAACAAGACGCUGAGCGACGAAAGGUGGAGGCCUCUGAGACCCAGGCUCUCUUGGAGAAGGCGGAAAUAGAAAUUGCGAAUCGCAGAGAAGUUGUAAUGAACGAUUUGGCAGAUGCCGAACCAGCCGUUAUUGAGGCUAAGAAGAGCGUUUCGAACAUCAAGCGACAACAUCUUACGGAGGUUCGGUCUAUGCAAAAGCCUCCAGUUGGUGUCAGACUCGCCCUUGAAGCAGUCUGCACUCUCCUGGGUCAUAAGGUGGAUGACUGGAAGGCGAUCAUCGCGAUCGUGCGAAAGGAUGAGUUCAUUCACAACAUCAUCAACUACGACAACGAGAAACAGAUGACUCGAAACUCUCGCAUAAAGAUGCAGAAUGAGUAUAUCUCAAACCCGGGCUUUACGUUUGAAAAGGUCAAUCACGCCAGUAAAGCAUGCGGUCCGCUUGUACAGUGGGUUACAGCUCAAGUCAAGUAUUCCGAGAUCUUGGACAAAGUUGGACCCUUGCGCGAGGAGGUCGGCCAGCUUGAAGAAGACGCCCAACAGAAGAGACAGGCUGCGGAGGAUACGAGGGAGGAAAUCAAGGCGCUUGAAGACAGCAUCCUGAGAUACAAGAAGGAGUACGCAGCACUGAUCAGUGAAACCCAAGCCAUCAAGUCCGAAAUGGAGAGAGUUCAGUCAAAAGUCGAUCGAAGUGUCCGUCUGCUCGACAGUCUAUCAUCUGAACGUAUUCGCUGGGAAGAGAGCAGUAGGUCUUUCGAGACCCAGAUUGACACUAUCGUUGGAGACGUUCUUGUCGCCGCUGCCUUUAUCGCCUACGGCGGCUACUAUGAUCAACAGUAUAGGAAGUCUAUGAUGGACGAUUGGUUACAUCACCUAUCUCUUUCUGGCAUCAGCUUCAAAGCUCACAAUCCGGUCACGGAAUACCUCUCCACUGCCGACGAGAGGUUGACAUGGCAACGCAAUACUUUGCCUGUAGAUGAUCUAUGCACAGAGAAUGCCAUCAUUCUCAAGAGAUUCAACCGAUAUCCUCUAAUCAUCGAUCCUUCUGGCCGAACAGUCGAAUUCUUACAGAACGAAUGCAAAGACCGCCGGCUCACUGUCACCAGCUUCCUCGAUGACUCUUUCACGAAACAGCUUGAGAGUUCGUUGCGGUUUGGUAAUCCAAUUCUUAUCCAGGAUGCGGAGCAUCUGGAUCCUAUCUUGAAUCAUGUCCUCAACAAGGAGUACCAAAAGACUGGAGGUCGUGUUCUUAUCCAGCUCGGAAAGCAGGAAAUUGAUUUCUCCCCCUCAUUCAGGCUCUAUCUUUCUACUAGAGAUCCUUCGGCAACAUUCGCCCCCGACAUAUGUAGUCGAACGACAUUCGUCAACUUUACGGUUACCCAGAGCAGUCUGCAGACUCAGACACUCAACGAAGUCUUGAAGUCUGAACGACCGGACGUGGACGAGCGGCGGUCCAAUCUCAUCAAGAUGCAAGGAGAAUUCAGCGUGCACCUGCGGCAACUAGAGAAACGCCUGCUUCAAGCUUUGAACGAGUCCCGCGGAAAUAUUCUGGACGAUGACCACGUCAUUCAAACCCUCGAGACCUUGAAGAAAGAAGCCGGAGAGAUCACCGCAAAGGCAGCCGAGACUGAGGGCGUCAUGACAGAAGUGGAGAACAUCACGCUGCAAUACACCGUUAUCGCUCGAUCUUGCUCCGCGAUCUUCGCUGUGCUAGAACAGCUGCAUCACAUCAACCACUUCUACCAGUUCUCACUCAAGUACUUCACGGAUAUCUUCGAGGCAGUCCUACAACGCGUCAAGAUACCGGGCCAAGCUGGGAAACCCACAAACCGCAUCGAUCACAUCCUCAGUGAACUCUUCGUUGAUGCAUACCGUCGCACAUCUUUGUCACUUCUGCAGAAAGACCGCGUCAUGCUCGCCAUGCUUCUUGUUCAAGCCUCUCCAUACAAAUUGGACAAGAGUCUCAUCGAUCUAAUCCUCGACAAGGACUUGGAGGGAGUCGACGUCUCAACGGAAGUGGACCGCCGGGAUGAAGUCCUGGCACGCGCCAGCAAAUUGCCUCUCUUCAAAAACGAUAUAGAAGCGAUAGAUGCUACAGCCUGGGACCACUUCCUAAGUGAAGAGCUGGCAGAGGACUUCGUACCCCAGGCUUGGUCUGCGGAUGUAGAACGGCUCGAUCGACACCUUCGAUCGCUGGUACUUGUGAAGCUCUUCCGAGUUGACCGAUUUGUCCCGGCCGUGGAACGCUUCGUUGCAGAGGUGUUUGGCGAGGGCCUCAUGGACUCGAGCGGUGACCUGAGCGAUAUCGUCAAACAAGUCACAGCCAGGACUCCAGUUGCACUCAGCUCUAGUCCCGGAUUCGACGCAAGCUACAAGGUCGACAACCUCGUUGAGAGGGAGCACGCCACUUGCACCAAUAUCGCCAUGGGCUCCAACGAAGGAGUUGCAAGUGCGGACAAGGCCAUCAGCAACGCCGCCGCCACAGGAUCCUGGGUCCUCGUCAAGAAUGUUCAUCUGGCCCCAACGUGGCUCCAGAGCUUGGAGAAGCGACUCGAUUCGCUCAAGCCUCACCCGGACUUCAGACUGUUCUUGUCAAUGGAGUCCAGCCCGAAGAUCCCCGUCAAUCUUCUCCGUGCAUCCCGAGUCUUGUCAUACGAGCAACCAGCAGGAAUCAGAGCAAACAUGAAGGACUCGCUCUCUUCCAUGGCAGAACGGGCCACGAAGCAACCAGUAGAGAAAGCCAGAAUCUACCUCUUGCUCUCUUUCCUCCACGCCGUUGUUCAAGAGCGACUGCGGUACGCCCCUAGCCUCGGCUGGAAGGGCUUCUGGGAGUUCAACGACAGCGAUUACGAAUGCUGCGCCUUCGUGAUUGACACCUGGAUCGACUCCGUCGCCCUCGGACGCACCAACGUCGCACCCAAGAACAUCCCAUGGGAGAUGCUCCGCACCCUGAUCACGGAAAUGUACGGCGGCAAGAUCGACGACGAGCACGACUUCCGCGCUCUUACCCAGCUAGUGGACGCCACAAUGACGCCCGCCGCGUUCGAGGAGAACUUCAUGAUUGUCAAGGACAGCGAGCACAGUCGCGGCUUGGAGCUGCCAAGCACGACCGGCUGGCGCGACUUCAUGGGCUGGGUGCAGGGCCUGCCAGAGCGCGAGCCGCCUACGUACCUCGGACUGCCCGCUAAUGCGGAAAAGCUGCUGCUGGUGGGGCAGGCGAACGAGAUGGUGCGGAAUCUGGGGUUGAUCAUGAAUAUGCUCGAUGAAGGGGAGCAGUUGAUGGCAGAGGCGGAGGCUUGAGUCCACAGCGGCUUGGGGGCUCAAAUUUGACCUUAUUUUCUUUUGUUUGCUUUUGCUGGUUCAGAGAGGUUUUAGCACCCUCUUUCUGUUUCUGUUCUAUAUCCAUUACUGGCUCACGGAUGGUGGGAGGCGUGACUGGGAUUGCAUUGGGCCAGGCUUCCUUGAGCAUGGGGAGUUACAGGAGUAUUGGUUCUUUGGCCGAGAGAGCGAGGGAGAAGCAACGGAGAGGAAGAGAGGAAGAACAGAUUAUACCCGGGGGCGCUCGUGAUAUGUUCAAAAAAGCAUAUCCUAGCGCAACCAGCUCAGAUCACACAAAUUCUUUUUUUUUUCUUUUCCCUUUGUAUUUUGAUAGCUUGCACAGUUUGUUGUACUAGAUUGUAAUUCAAAGAAACUUUCUUCAAUAUCUAAC